AUGGUUAUACAGGUACAAAGCAACAAUGAUAUCGUGACCACUAGUCAUGAUACAAUGGCACUAUUCUCACUCAAUGAAGAAUCAGUAACUUCUACUAGUGAGACACUCAUUGAUAAUUUAGGUGUCUCCAAAAAAUUGGGUAAUUCUGUCUUAAAUGAACUUGAUUCGAGGACAACAGAAAAAUUAGACGAAUUGAAAGAGACACAUACUACAUUGGCACCAAAAGAAGAUACUAAUGAGACUAGUUUUGAACAAUAUUUUGGUAUAAAACAUAAUUUACAAUUUAAUAGAAUGGACUCAAUUGGUCAUCAUUAUAUGAAUAAUAUUCCAAAAACGCCAACCAAAAAGAAUUUAACUGAUCAACAAUUGCAAUCUGAAAGUAUCAAGAGACAAAGGGUAGAACAAAAUAGCAUGGUUAAAAAUACUCCAGUAACGGAAAUCACAAGACGAAUACGAAGAUUGAGAAUAAGAAAUUCAAUCGCAAAUAACAACAAUAGUAACGGUAACAGUAAUAUCAAUUCAGUCAGAAAUACCCCAUUAAGUAAGCCAAAACCAAUGCAACCACCAAGUUUCUUACGGCCGACGUUGAAUUCCUUAAAUAAAAUUAAGGAAUCAUCUCGAUCUACCUCGACGUUUGAUCUGUCGCGACAAAAAUCGACGACGACCAAGACUUUGAAUACAAAUUCCAAAUCGAAACCUGCAACAACUACUACAUAUAGAAGUACAAGCGGAUUACCGAAAUCAAGUUCGGUUGCUGUAUUUGACAGACUUUAUAAACAAUCUACGGUGUCUAGGUUGACUUCAAUGAAUAAUUUGAAUGAUAAUAUUAAAACUAAUGCCAAAUCAGUCAUACCACCACCUACGACGCGAUCCAAGAUUCAAUUUGGUAGAAGUAAGACCAGUUCAUCAUUAUCCAGUAAUUUGAAAGAUUCAUCGUCAUCUUCAAGGCCUGCGUGGAGAUAA